AUGGCGCCCAAACCUAUCGUCCUCCACCUGGGGGAUGCCAUCAAAUACAACCAUGAGUUCUACAACAAGGAAUUUCUCAGCCGCUUCGAUGUCAUUCAAGCGACAGAGGCCGACCGAGAAGGCUUCAUCCAAGCCCUCAAAUUAAAGAAAUACGGCGAAUUCUCCGCCCUAUUCAGACCACACUUCCAAACAGGAGGGUUCAUGGGCCAUUGGAACACAGAGCUGAUCUCCCAUCUACCAUCGAGCGUGCGAAUCUUUGCCUCUGCAGGCGCGGGAUUCAACUGGGCGGAUGUCGAUGCACUCGGACAGCACAAGAUCUGGUAUGCCAACGGCGCGGGGGCAUCCGACGAGGCAGUCUCCGACACAGCGCUGUACAUGAUCCUGAGCGUGUUCCGGAAUUUCACACGCUCGCAGCUGGCAGCACGAACGGCAGAUCCCGAGGUUUUCACUGCGACGCACAAGCUGAUUGCGACAAUUUCGCACAAUCCCCGAGGGCAUGUCCUUGGCGUUGUGGGGUUUGGCAAUAUCAGCAAACAACUAGCGUUGAAGGCGCACAUGGCACUGGGCAUGGAGAUCCAUUACUUUGAUAUUAUUCGCGCUGAUUCGAAGGAGGAAGCUGAUCUGCAUGCCACGUAUCAUGCCUCCCUGGACGACCUGUUGAAGGUCGCGGAUUGCGUUUCGCUGCACACGCCUCUCAAUCCGCAUACGCAGGAUUUGAUUGAUGCGAGGGCAUUGUCGUUGAUGAAACCUGGUAGCAGAAUUGUUAACACUGCCCGUGGGCCAGUUCUCAAUGAAGAUGCCUUGGUUCAGGCCUUGGAGACGGGCCAUCUCUCUGCUGCGGCGCUGGAUGUCCACUACAAUGAGCCACAAGUGUCUCCGAAACUGGCGAGCAUGGAUAAUGUCACCCUUACCACGCAUAUUGGUGGCGGGGCGCUGGAUACCAGAAUCAACUUUGAGCUCAAUGCUAUGCGCAAUAUCCUUGCGGUGGUUGGAGAACAGGGGGAGUUUGCGGGAGAGCCGCUUACGCCAGUAAAUAGGAAGGCUUUCGAAGCAGCAGGGCAGACCUAUCUCUGA